AUGAGCACCUCAACAUACCCAGAAAACAUUACUCCAGAAUAUGUAAGCCAACUGACUGAAGCAACCUCCACUUUUCUAUGUCCCCUUUCCGCAAAUGUGUAUGGGAUCGAGUUUGUCUAUUUCAAAGUGAGAGAUCUUGAAUCAGGGAUGGUUUUAUUUGAAGUGCAAAGUGAAGAAGAUUCAGUCUCUGAGCCGCCUCAGGAUGAUUCAUUUAGAACAGUUAAAUACCAACUAGGCCCAGAUUUCCUCAAACUAAAAGCACUUGGAAGCACUAUAGAUUUCCUCGUAGGACCUCGCGAAGUAAGAAAUUUUCGCAUGAUUGAAAGGCAUUACUUCAGAAACGUUUUAUUGAAAAGUUUUGACUUUAAUCUGGACUUUUGUAUACCAAACACAAGGAACUCAUGGGAAGUGAUCUACGAAAUCCCAGAACUCCCUGCAGAUCUUGAGCAGCUUAUGAUUGAAAGCCCAUGGGAAACAAAAUCAGAUAGUUUUUAUUUUGUGCAGAACCAGCUGAUAAUGCACAACAAAGCUGAGUAUAAUUACUCUGAUUUAUCUUAA